ACCAGCUUGGGUUCAUUAAAGAAUUUGAAAAAGCGAAGCCCUCGGUGUGAGAGGAUGUCCCUUGCAAUGUGCUUCAACUGAUGUUUAAUAUUUUACUUGGAAACUUGUGACAUGUGCCUUAAAAACACUUCUGGGUGUGUAAACUAUUGCCCAGUUAUGAGAUUCGUGUCCAUCAGUGGACGUACCAUCCCCUGCAGCUCCAAACAACCCCCAGAUACACGGAGACCAGAGUCCUCCUCAUCGCUUCCUUCGAAGCCAUGCCCGAGCCUGUCCACGCCUACUCCUGCCCACUCUUCUGGACAGAGUACGAGGGUCACUGCUACCGGUACUUCCCCGUCAAUAAAACCUGGGCUGAAGCCGACCUCUACUGCGCCGAGUUCUCCAUUGGCAUCAGAUCAGCCAAGCUGGCCUCCAUCCACAGCUGGGAAGAAAACGUCUUUGUGUACGACCUGGUGAACAGCCGCGUGCCCGGCAUCCCCACCGACAUCUGGACGGGGCUCAACGACCUUCGGCAGGAGGGUCACUUUGAGUGGACAGAUGGCUCCUCCUACGACUACCACUACUGGGAUGGCAGCCAGCCUGACGAUGGGAUCCACUCCAUCCCGGAGGAGGAGGACUGCGUGCAGAUCUGGUACAGGCACAGCAGCGCACUGCGCUCCUGGAACGACAACGCCUGUGGCAGAGCCUUCCCCUUCGUCUGCAAGAUUCCCUCACUGGCCCUGGACUGAGGCUGCUGGUGCUGCCCACAUUCCCCUUCAUUUUGGGUCACCUCUCCAGCUGUGCCAGGCAAGAGCAGUCAGGGCAUGGCAUGGGUUGGGAGAGCCUUGGAGCUGCUUGGAUCCCCAGCCAGUCCCUGGCUGCAAAAUCCCUCCUGGGAGUGUGGUGGGGAUGAACCUGGCACUCAGCACUGACAGGAGCUACAUUCAACAGCAAAGGAGCCCCCAAGCCUGAGUCUGGCUUUGGAUUUCAGAUCGACUAUCACAGCGUGUUAGAGGAAGCCCAUGAUUUUACCAAUACACCAAACUGUUAGCACCCAAAAAUAGCCAUGUGUAGGAAAUGCUUUUGCCUGUUGAUCUGCAAAGAGUGGAGGAAAAGUGUUGUUUUCUGUUAAGUUAUGCAAAAUGCCUCUUGUCCAUGUUAUUUUCCUCUCUGCUAAAAUAAACGGCAAACAGCA